GAUGGGAAUUUGAUUUUUAGUCAAUGGCACUGAAGUUGGUGUGGAUAUAAAUGGCAACGUCCCAACCCAACAUGUGUCAGAGGAAAUUGUGAUGAUCACAACUCACACAGAUCCUCAGCAGACAGUUAGUAACGAGACAGCUGGAGUUAGAUAUUUGUCGUCUGUCUCGCCUGAAGUUAACUCUCUCACAGAAAGCACUGAAAUAGAGGUGGAGGCAGGUGGAGAAAUGAUUUCCUUUGAUGGAGAAAAUAAUGAUAAUGGGCCUCCACAAAGUGAUGGUGAGGAUAUGAUAGAUGGAGGAAUGAUUUCCUCAGAUGGAGAAGACAAUGAUAAUGGGCCUCCACAAAGUCAUGAAGAGGAUGUGAUAGAUGGAGGAAUGAUUUACUCAGAUGUAGAAAACAAUGAUAAUGGGCCUCCACAAAGUCAUGAAGAGGAUAAGAUAGAUGAAGGAAUGAUUUCCUCAGAUGAUGAAUAUAAUAGUUCUACAGCACUUGACUUGGAUUUGACUGGUGGACCAUCAAAUCAAAACAAUCUUCCUGCCAAUGUGCCUUGUUUAAAUGAUGUUGGCAUCCAACUAGACAAUUUAUUUCCUCCGUCUAGACCAGUAAACACGGAUGGUGGAAUACAUUCCUCGGGCGAAAGAAACUGUGAUAUUGCUACAUCAGUUGGCUUAGAUUUGAACGAUGGACCAUCAAAUCAAAACAAUCUUUCUGCCAAUGUGCCUUUAAAUGAUGUUGGCAUUGGCAAUCAAGUAGACAAUUUAUUUCCUCAGUCUAGACCAGUAAACACUGAUGUUGGAAUACAUUCCUCAUACAUUACAUCAGUUGGCUUGAAUUUGGACGGUGAGCCAUCAAAUUUAUUCUCUCUUGCUGUCAGUGUGCCUUCAAAUGAUACUGGCAUCCAGCAAAGCAAUUUAAUCACUCAGUUUGGAAGAGUAAAUGCUGGUGGAAUAAUUUCUUCAAAUAAAGAAAAACUAGAUACUUCUACAUCAGCUGGCUUGGAUUUGAAUGGUGGAGCAUCAAUUCGAAAGUCUCUUUCUGCCAGUGGACCUUCGUAUACUAUUGGCGUCCAGCCAGGCAAUUUAUUUACUCAGAUUGAACCAGUGAAUAAUGUCAGUGGAGUCAAUAUGAAUAGCAGUGGACCAUUAAAUCUUUCUUUUGCUGGGACUUCAAUUGUUCUUAAUGUCAAGCCAGGAAACUCUGAAUCCAAGAAUGUGGAAUACAGUCAUUUGCUUGAGGAUGGUGGUGAUGAUUUACUGUCUGAUCUAGUUUCAUUUAUGGAUCCACCUGGAUUUUUUUGACAGAGGUGCAAGUAAUUCACAAGGAAACAAAGUAUCAGAGACAAGCCAAGUUGCACAAAGCCCUCUAAACCUUGAAUCACAAACAAACACUAGCAGUGCAUUGACAAAAAGCCCAGCUGGAGUGACUCCUAACUG